AUAUUCUUUCAAAAAAUGUCCCAAUUUGUUACUUGCACAUGUUUUUAUAUUAUGAUCUCAAAAAAUAAAUGUUUUUAAAAGUGUCACAUUUGGGAAACCAGGUAUGAGAAAUAAUGUUCUUAUCAGCCUCCGUAGAAACGUCAAAUAAAUGUUUCACUUUCUCUAUGUCUUCCUUUAUUUUUUUGUCUACUGUACAUGCAUGCUUUUCUUUUCUUUCCAACAGGAAUUAUGAAGGCAACAAAAGGAAAUCAAAGCAGCAUGCAGACGUUUAUUCUCGUGGGUUUUUCUGACUACCCAGAUCUACAGGUCCCACUCUUCCUGCUCUUCUCGCUCAUCUACACUCUAACAGUGGUGGGGAAUGUGGGGAUGAUAAUCCUCAUCCGCAUAAACCCCAAGCUUCACACCAUCAUGUACUUCUUCCUCAGCCACUUGUCCUUUGUUGAUUUCUGUUAUUCUACUGUAGUGACACCUAAACUCUUGGAGAACUUGGUUGUGGAGGACAGGACCAUUUCUUUCUAUGGGUGCAUACUGCAGUUUUCUUUUGCCUGCAUUUUUGCUGUAGCUGAAACAUUUAUGCUGGCAGCAAUGGCUUAUGACCGCUUUGUGGCAGUAUGUAACCCCCUGCUCUAUACUGCUCUUAUGUCUCACAGGCUGGUUGUGUUUCUGGUGGUUGGAUCUUAUACAUGGGGGGGUAGUGUGUUCCUAACACUCACAUAUUUUCUUCUUGCAUUCUCCUAUUGAGAGUCUAGCAUCAUCAAUAAUUUUAUCUGUGAGCACUCUGUAAUUGUGCCUGUCUCCUGCUCAGAUCCCUACAUCAGCCAGAUACUAUGUUUUGUUAUUGCUGUUUUCAAUGAGGUCAUUAGUCUGCUGAUUAUUCUGACGUCAUACGCGUUCAUUUUCACCUCAGUUAUGAAGAUUCCUUCUGCGAGUGGGUGUCAGAAAACCUUUUCUACCUGUGCUUCCCACCUGACAACAAUUACCAUCUUCCAUGGCACCAUCCUCUUCCUCUAUUGUGUUCCGAAACCUAAAGCUUCUUCGUUCGUUGUUAAAGUGGCUUCUGUGUUUUACACAGUAGUGAUUCCCAUGCUGAACCCACUGAUCUACAGCCUAAGGAACAAGGUUGUGAAAGAGACAAUCAGAAAAUUAGUACUCAUCAAGUCUCAUUGUCACUCAGUAUCUUAG